CUUGAUGUGAUCCAUAAACAAUACUUACUAAAAACAUAGCUUAAUGGCAGUGUUAUUUAAUCUCCGUCUGAAACGAAAUCAUUUUCUGAAUUUAUUCAUGAUUAAGUUUGAUUAUAGUCAAGUGUUUAGUUUCUUAAAGUCAUUGGGUGUGAAAUUAUAACAAAAUUUCUGGAUAACUUGAGAGUUUCAUGUGCCUUUAAUAUCAAAAUAUCGUUUGGUGAUCUUCGCGGUAUCAACUCAUAAUAAAGAUCUCACCCAUUCUGGAUUUUUCUCACCUUAAUAAUGUCUGUCAAUUUGUAAAUGUUUAUAAAGUUAAACAUCAUUAACGAUCUACAAUACAAAUCACUUCAAGGUAACAAGUAAGUAAGUCAAUACAAAGUAAGAAAAGCCAAAAAUGUCAAUAAUUACAUUAAUUCUGUUUCUCUCAUUUUCAGUCAACUUCAGCUUAUUGUUCCCCACUGAGCAUCAAUUAACAACCUAUGGAGUCAACAAUGCUUCUUCAACCUCUCAGUUGACAACACCAUCAACCACUUGGUCAACUCCAAAGGUUCAAUUCAGUGUUAACUGUACAUGUUCAAUUAACACCACCAAUUCCUGGGUUACGUAUCCUGGAAGUAUAUCCACCGAAUCGUUUUGUGAUUGGAAGACAGCUGAAAAUUGUACACAAGCAUGUAUGCCAAUGCUAAAUCGCACAAUAUUCAAUGUUCAAUCAGAAUCAGUUUACUUAAACAUUAUCGAUGGAGUCGAUUUGAAUGGUUAUCUAUGUGGUUUGAUGGCUAAAGGUGUACCUUCACCUUAUAUUGUACUUACCUCGAAAGUGGAAUGUAAUGCGGAUAAAUCAUUCUUCUCAUCACAUAAAUCAUAUGAAACAUCAUUUUCAUUGCACAACGAUUACUACUGUGGGCUAAUUGAAAAUAGCAAUGCUGAUUCAACGGUUGAGAUGAACGAGAUGACAACAAUCAGUUGAUUUCAAAUAGUUGUGCAUAUUUUAAAACAAGUUUGAAAAAAAUGAAAGUUGCAUUUAGAACGAAUUUUAAUUUCCUGUUUUUAGCUCACUCAAUUUCACUUUCAACCAGUUGAUUAAUGGAACAACAAAAAGCAAAUUUUGAAUGAUUAACAGAUCAAUCUCUACAUAAAAGGUUUAUUUUUAAUGAGUUCAAACUACGCCAUUAACCCUAAAAAUAGCGAAAUGAUUCCAAUAUCGUCAUCUUCUAAUUGACCAACUUGUUUGACCAUUUAUUGCUCAGAUCAUUGCAUCUGUCAUAACCCUGUUUAACAUAAUGGAUAUCAAUUCAAUUGAAUUUUGAACAUAAUUUUCCUUCUAAUCAUAAUUAUAAUGUACCUGUGAAGCUUGUUAAUGAAGGUAACAUUGUAAAGUUUAUUUUUUA